AGCAGAUUUAUGUUACGGAAUUUACAAUCAAUGAAAAAUGCAGAACAAUAAAUCUAAUAAUGUGAAUUAAGUGCUUCGAAAUGGCUAAUGAACCGCAAAUUAUGCUGAAUGCUGUAUCAUUAUCUGUCGAUUAUAAAUGCCGACGAUUAAACCAUGCAAUUACAUUAAAGUAUUGUGAAAAACAAUGUGAAAGAAUUUGCUAUUUAAUUUGGGCAUAAUUGCCCAAUUGCCCUUUAUUAUGAGAGAAGUUUUACUUUUGUGCUUCCUUAUCGAAGCACUAAAACUUGUUUUAGGAUUUUCAUGUCCUCCUGUAUGUACUUGUAGACGUGUUGGACCUCAAGCUGAACGACUGAAAGUUAAAUGCAAUAAAGAUCUCAAAGAAAUUGAUUUAAAUUCUAUCGGCGUCGAGCUUUAUCAUCUAGAUUUAAGUAAAAGCAACAUUCACACAAUAGAACCUGGAACUUUCAAAAAUUUGACCAACUUAAGACGAUUAGAUUUAUCCAAUAAUAAAAUCACAGCAUUGAACGAAGGAAAUUUUAUUGGAUUAGAAAAUUUAGAAAGAUUGGACCUGAGUAAAAAUGAAAUUUCUUCAAUAGAUUCUGUAGCUUUUCGACCCUUGGCUAAUCUUAAAAAGCUAGAUUUGUCCGCUAAUAAAUUAAGCACUCUGGAUACGUCUUUAUUUCAUGAUUUACUGGCAUUAGAGCGCUUAAAACUCAGUGGUAAUGCCUUAAAAUCAUUAUCAGAAGGAACUUUCCAUGGAUUAAAAUUACUAAGGCAGCUAGAUUUAACAAAUAAUCCUUGGAAAUGUGACUGCUAUUUAUAUUGGCUCAGUAACUGGAAGAAUGAUUCUAUUUUCAAACUAAAUCCUGCUCCUAUAUGUGACAGUCCAGAAAUGUUUCAUGGAAAAUCAAUUCUUGAUAUGAAGCUAUCCAACGAAUUUCAAUGUCAAUGGACUUCUCCUAUAAUAGAUAUUUAUCCAGAUCAAAAUCAGGUAGUGUUCGCGGGUGAUUCAAUAUCUUUAAAGUGUAGAGCUCCGAGUAUCACUGAUGACAGAAGUGCAAAACUAAAUUGGCUGUGGAAUCCGAGUUUAAUUGAUGAUAGUCCUAAAUUAUUUGUUGACCCACAAGAAACGUUAUCUAAUAUUAAAGUAGACAAUCGAUACUUAUCAGAUAGCGGCAUUGUCGACAGUUCUUUGAGUAUUUUUCCAGUAAAACAAGAACAUAAUGGUCAAUGGAAUUGUUUACUAUAUUCUAUCCAUGGUAAUAAAACCAAAUCAAUUAGUAUAAUUGUCAUAUCAGAAGAUACACGCUACUGUCCACUCGCAGUAACAAGAAAUAAUAAAGGAAUGUAUGCUUGGCCGCGAACAGUAGUUGGUUGGAAAGUUGAGCUACCUUGUGAAGGAAUAAUAUCGUCAGGGAUUUCAUCAACAUUAUCUAAAGCUUCCUAUCAAUGUGACUUAAGUGGAAGUUGGACUGAUCUAAAUACUGACUUUUGUCCAUUUAUUUCAUCAAUAACAAGAACUUUAGAACAGUUUUCAAAUUUAAACCUAACGUUAACUAAAGAAAAUUUAUUAGAAACCAUAAAGAGAUUUAAAAAUUUUACUGAAGACUCAAAAAAAAUUACAGAUGAGAUUGAAUUGAAUUUUAUCACCAAAACUAUCGAGAACUAUGUAAAUUUUAUUGAAGAGGAAAAAGAAUUAAGUGCCAUUCUAGUUGGUAUAAUAAGUUCUUUGAUGAAUUUACCAAAAAUAUUAUUAAAGAAAUCAGAGUUGAAUUAUAAUGUAUGCAGCAGAUGGAUUAAAUCUUUAGAACUUAUAACCAAGUCUACUCCAGCAAUUCAAAUACAUUUAAAUAAUUUAGCUUUAGAAGAAUUCCAUAUAACGAAAGAGAGUUUUGUAGGAUUAUCAUGCACCUGGUACAGCAGUUUAAUUGACGAUUUAAAUGCUAAGUUUUUACAUUGCGCUACAAGUAAUCGAACAGCAAUUUUAAAUAUUAAAGAUAAAUCUAUCGAAGCUUCAAUUAGACUUCCAUCAUCUCUACUAAGUGCUUCCGAUCAUUCUUCUACAUGUUCCUUGAUGAUUUCAAUGUUUAGUCAUGGUAUUUUAUUUCCAAGAAUUCCAGAAAAUUAUUCAGAAGUCACUUCUGCAGUUAUUGGAAUUAAAGUCAUCGGUACAACAGUAAAUUUAACAGAACCAGUAAUGGUAAUGUUAAAAGUAUCUCACUAUCACAUGGCUACACCUCCAGUUCCUAUGAUUUGGGAAGAAAAAAUGAAUGAAUCAGGAAGAUGGACACCAGAUGGUUGUAGACUUACUAAUUUAAUAAAUAAUAUCGUAGUUUUUCACUGUGAUAGAUUAGGAUACUAUGGUCUACUAGAAGAUACUUCAUAUUUAAUGAAAAUGAAUACGACAGGAGCUAAAUUUCGAUACUCAAAUCCUGCUAUUUAUGUGGGAACAUUUAUGAUAAUUACUUGCCUGACUUGUAUGUCUGUGACUUAUAUUAUUUGUUAUACAUCGAUUAUUAUGCCGAAAAGGGCGAAGCACAGUGUAAUUAAUACAUGGAUUGCUAUAACGCUGUUAUGUUUUUUAUACACCGUUGGAAUUCAACAAACAGAAAAUAUUGAAAUUUGUCAAGGAGUAGGAUUAGUUUUACAUUAUUUGUCACUCUGUUGUCUUCUUUGGAUGGCAGUUUCUGCAAGUAAUAUGUACAAAAGAUUAUCCAAGUCAGAUAUUACUGUUAUUCCGGAUGAUGAAAUACCAGAGCAGCCUAUUCAAAAACCUCUUUUGGGUCUUUAUCUUGUUGGUUGGGGAAUUGCUUUAAUUGUUUGUGGUAUAUCAGGUGCAAUAAAUCUUCGUGAGUAUGCAGGAUAUUCCUAUUGUUUUCUCACAUCUGGACCAGCAUUAGCAGCACUAUUUAUACCAGCUAUUAUUCUUAUCAUCUAUUUAACAAUUUUUUAUCUUCUUGUUCGGUGUACUAUCAGAAAUGUUAAUCACAACGGUCAAUUAUCAGAGGGUACUCAAGCUACAGAAAAUGUUGACUUAGAGCUUUUGGAACCUCAUGAAAAUCGUGCUGAUCAAAAUAGCAUUAAUAGUACUCAGACUGUUUCAUCAGAAGUAGAAGAUAUUGAGCAUUCGCAAAUUACUCAAUUAAAAGGACAUAUAAUCAUUCUUAUUUUAUACUUAAUAAUGUGGAGUUCAGGUGCAAUUGCAACUGCACAGCCAUUUAGUCCACACAUUCCUUACGAUGAAAUGAUUUUUUCAAUUCUUUAUGCCAUUUCUUCAAGUACUUUAGGUUUAUUUGUACUAUUAUUUUAUGGAAUAGCUAGAAGUGAUGUAAGAUCACAGUGGACGAGAAUGAGAUGUUGGCUAAGAAAAAAGAAAAAUCGUUGCUGUAGAACACGGAGUGUGUCUGACGCUAACCCAUCAAUUCCGGCCCAACCUUUAGUUCAAAAUAUUACUCCAGUUAUUACUCAAUCUCAAGCAAUUCAAGCAAUAUCUGACAGCAAUUCUAUUAGUUCAUCAAGACACACAAGCCAUUCAACUAAUGGUAAAGGAAGUAAAGCGAUUGAAUUUAUUAAAGAACCUUCAGUAGUACCUAACAAAAAAGCGAAUGUAAAUUUAGUGGUUCUUCAUCGUCAACAAUAUCGGUCGAAUAACUCUGUAACUACUUAUACUGAAGCUUCUCCAGCAGUUUGUGUGGAAAUGUUUUAUAAUCCUCAUCAAAGUGGUGUAGCGAGAAAAUUCUUUAAAAAACAACGAAGAAAUAUUAAACAUAACAAUUUAGGGCCAAGAAAGCAGGGCGAUGGAGGUGCCACAAGUGAUAAUGGAAGUUGUAUUUCACUUCCACGGCCUGCAGUUAAAUUAUCAAAUGAUAUUGAUAAUAUUAAUACUUCUAUCUUUGGAAGUAGUGUUAAAGUUAAUAAUACAAAUAUUCAUGUAGAAUUAAAUCCAGUAAAUGACGUUAAAAAUGUUAAUAUUCUUUCUGAUAGUGGUGGAAGUGUUUCUGAAGAUAGAAAUACAUCUGUAAGGUAUGUUAUUGGUUCAGAAAAUAUAAUGCGAAGUGUAAAAAAAGUUAAUAGCGAUCCCAUAAGUGAAUUAACUACAAGAAAAGAAACUCUAUCAACGUUAAGCCCUAAUGAAUCAGAUGUAGAUACAAGGACUGAAGAAAUAAAAUUUUGUAGAAACGUCUCACAGCAGUGUAGUCUUGAGUAUAGUUCAGAAGUUGAAACUACGACUCAAAUGACGAGUGAAAGAAGCGAUCAAAAUUUACCUGAUAUUGGAGAAACACCAGAGAAGUUAAAAGAGAAUGAUUUAAGGUGUAACAGUUUGACAGAAAUUACUCAAGAGAGUAAUAACAGUGAGUUUCCACCUUUGUCGUUGAGAAAUAGUUAUAGGAGUUCAUUCAACGAUAUUACGAGUCUUGGAAACAGUUCAAAGAAUGAACGAGUCGAAUCAAGAGCUUCUCUAGACGAUUUAACAACCAGUGAAAGAAGCUAUAAAGACGACUCGCGACAAAGAAAAAAUUCCGAACGAUUAAGUGAUGAUAAUUUUAGUGAAGAUAAUUGUAUUCAAGAUUUUCCAUUUUUUUCACGAUCAUUAUCAAAUAUUAAUCGGGAUGAGAGUAAUUUUAGGUUACUGGAUGGUCUAGCUUUACCAAAUUUAGGUGAGCAAGAAGAUUUAAUUAGUACUCCAAAUUUUCUAAAUAAAGAGUUUAACUCUUUAACUGAUCUUACCACCAUUGAUGUCACAUUGGGAGCCACUAGACACUUGGAUAUGAAUGCUAGCAUUGGGGUUGACUAUGAGGAUACAAAUUAUAAUAAUUCAGAACAAUUUAAUGAUGAUACUGCUUUGGAUGUAGAAAUGUUAUUAGAGACUAAUUCUAUUAAGAAAGAAACUAGUGUUUAAGCUAUUGGAAUCUUCCAUUCAAAAAUGUGCCAAGUGAUUUGACAUUUUGAUCUCCUUGAAAAAUAUUCCUCUUCUUCAUCUUUAUUAUUAUGUCUCUUUUAUAUUUUUUAUUAAAAAUAACUAUCGUAAAUUGUAUUUAUCGUAAAAAAAUGUGUGUUGUGUAUAUAAUUCUAUUAUAAUGAUUAUAAUCCAAAAUGCAUUUUUCUUAAACUUUGGUAUGAACAACAUACGCUUUUAUAUCAGUGUUGAUUAACAAUUUAUCAGUAUUCGCUUUUCAUCCUUCUUUUUACGAUUUUUAUAAUACAUUUUUGAUAUUAAUUAAACGUAUUACAAAGCUUUGUCAAGGAAUCAUAUAACUAACUUGCCUGUACUUUGGAGAUUUUUUUUGGGUUAAGACUGAAAUUUUUCAAAUAUUUU